AUGACAAAAGUCCACGCGAUCAAACUUCUUCAGGCCAGUGCUGAUCCUGAUGAUAUCAGCGAGCUUCGUCUUCUCGUAGACCACCAGCACAUCAAAUAUGUCACAGUCGACCCUUACAUCUUCGAUUAUAUGGACCUGAUUUUCGAGCCCACCUUGAUCGAAAUCCUGCGUCCUCUUCUACCAACUGGAGAUUGGAACAAUGCCCGCAUUUUCCAAGCAACUUCUUCAGGAAAAUCCACUAGUGGAAACGCCGAGGUAGCCGAAGUACAGGUUGAGACAUCAAUACAAGUGCAACCCGGGAUCCUUCGGAUAUGGCAUUCACUUUCGAUCGACUAUCUCGAGUUGGAAGUUGGCAGCCGUCUUCGUAGUAAUGUGCGCGAGGCUACAUGCUCGAAAAUCCCUGGCCAAUUCGUUGUCAAGUUUGCCAGAUUCCAUUACGAGAUCGCACAACUAGAACACGAGACAACCGCAUACAAAUGGAUCAACGGGCACAACAUUGGACCAGAAUUUCUCGGGCAUGUAACUGAACAUGGACGAGUGAUUGGAUUCGCCAUGAGCAAGAUUGAAGAAGCUCGACACGCGACACCGGCCGAUCUAGAUAUCUGCCGACAAGCUUUACGCAGGCUGCAUACACUUGGAAUCAAGCAUGGGGAUACGAAUAAGCAUAACUUUCUCAUACACCCACAGGGUGUCACGAUGAUUGAUCUGGAUUUUGCGGAGCAGAACGCUACGGAAGCAGAGCUAAACGAAGAGCUCUUUGGGCUAGAGCAGCAGCUGGCAGAUACCUCAGGGAAAGGUGGUAUUGUUGAGCUUAUCGACAGCACGAAUUGCUAA